AGAAAGACUGAGGGAAAAAGAGGGCUGGGCCGGGCCUGGAGGAUAGCAGCCAACUGUGGGCGUCCGGGUGGACUGCAGGGCGAGCCUGGCACCCCUGAUCCCCCAGCCCCAGCCCCAGGGGGCCCUCGAGCCCAGGCUGGCUGGCUGCUCUCCCAUCACUGGACCAGGAGGAUGGCGGACUCCUGCCGGAACCUCACUUACGUGCGGGGCUCGGUGGGGCCAGCCACCAGCACAUUCAUGUUCGUGGCGGGUGUGGUGGGCAACGGGCUAGCGCUGGGCAUCCUGAGUGCCCGACGGCACUCCCGGCCCUCGGCCUUUGCCGUGCUGGUUACGGGGCUGGCUGUGACCGACUUGCUGGGCACCAGCUUCCUCAGCCCUGCCGUGUUCGUGGCCUACGCCCGCAACAGCUCGCUGGUGGGCCUGGCCCGCGGCAGCCCCGCGUUCUGCAAUGCCUUCGCCUUUGCCAUGACCUUCUUCGGCCUGGCCUCCACACUAAUCCUCUUCGCCAUGGCCGUGGAGCGUUGCCUGGCACUCAGCCACCCCUACCUCUACGCCCAGCUGGACGGACCACGCUGUGCCCGCCUGGCAUUGCCAGCCAUCUAUGCCUUCUGCACCCUCUUCUGCUCGCUGCCCCUGCUGGGCUUGGGUCAGCACCAGCAGUAUUGCCCCGGCAGCUGGUGUUUCAUCCGCCUGCGCUCCGCCGAACCUGGAGGCUGUGCCUUCUCACUUGCCUACGCCAGCCUCGUGGCCCUUCUCGUGGCCGCCAUCGUCUUCUGCAACGGCUCCGUCACCCUCAGCCUCUGUCGCAUGUACCGCCAGCAGAGACGCCACCAGGGCUCAUUGGUCCCUGGACCCCGGGCACGCGAGGAUGAGGUGGACCACCUGAUCCUGCUGGCCACCAUGACAGCCAUCAUGGCCGUGUGCUCUCUGCCUCUCACGAUCCGCGGCUUCACCCAGGCUGUGGCCCCCGACAGCAGCGAGAUGGGAGACCUCCUCGCCUUCCGCUUCAACGCCUUCAACCCCAUCCUGGACCCCUGGGUCUUCAUCCUCUUCCGCAAGGCUGUCUUCCAGCGCCUCAGGCUCUGGGUGUGCUACCUGUGGCCCUGGCCUGCCCAGGGUCCCCCUCGGAUACCCCUGUCCCCACCGGCACUGGCCUCAAGGAGGGUUCCCACAGCUCCCCAGGGGAAGGAGAGGAACUGGGUGCCCCUGUCCGCCUGGGGUGAGGGGCGGGCAGCAGCAGUGCCCCAGGCGGGUGGCGGCCCCGUGGGAACACGGGUUAAGGCUACAGAGGCCACUGCGCCUGCUGCCUGCUCCCUGUGCUGACAGCUCAGCAGGGCCUGGGGUCCCUGGCUACCUUGUUGCCUUCUGGGCAAGGAAGUGGGGGUCACAGCUGUUGGCUGCAGAUGUCCCGACCUCAGCCCGCCAUUCCUGGCAGGGCACUCAGCUGCUAUUUCUGCCGGGGUGGGUAGGCACUCACUACAGGCUCUGGGGGUGGUGGGGCAAGGGGAGUGAGGGAUCUAGGAGAACAUUUACCCUGGAGCACAAAAAGACUGGCUCUCUCAAAAUAACCAGCGCCUGGGCGGCCUGCUCGGGCCCUUGGUCCUCUUCCAUCUCACUGUCUAAAUAUUUAGAAGGCGGCUGGGUUCCCAGCAGCUUCUGUGCAUUCGGGUCUGCAGGGUGUGUGUGACAGGGGGCUAGGGUUCCAGCUCCUCUCCUUGUCCAUUAAAGGGGCCCUCCCCACUGUGCCCCCCCACCUGAAUCUCCCGAGACUGCCCUGCCUUCUGCCAAGUGGCCCAAGAGGCAGGGGGCAUUCUGGGAGAAGCUCCAGACUCUAUCGCCCACUCCCCGCCCACCGCAGGGCUCUG